UUCGCGGUGACGAGGUGGUGGAGAGAAAGAGAGAGAGAGAGAGGCACGCGGUGCGGCGAGGUGGUGUACGUUAGCGGCAUCGAGAGAAGCGGCGCUCGGCCGCGCGGAGUCUAUCGCGAGCCCUCGAGGAGCGAACCGAGCGAGCGAUUCCGGGGCUUCCGUGAUCUCGUCGAGAUCACCGCGUCUCUCCGUCGUUAUUGUACGUGCGAGUGGACGCGUGUGCGCGCGAGAGCGCGCGCGUGUGGCCGCGUAUGUGAGCCCUGAGUGGAGUACGCGAGGAAACGUGCCCUUCGCGAGAGAAAGAGAGAAAGAGAGAAAGAGAGAGAGAAAGAGUUGCGCAACCGGCGCUCCCCGGCGUCUUGGUGCCCCUCAGAAUGGGUUAAAAGCGUGUUUUCGCGAGUGUGAUUUCGAUUUCAGCCAGCUUAUAUAUCAGUGACGUGAUAUGAUUUCGUGACUGUUCCUCUUCGUGUACAAGUGAAAUUCCACGACGACCUGUUCGUCCUUCGUUCUCGUCGUAAGGGGCAGAACGACGCAGCCGGCUGCGAGCGAACGACCGUAUCGUAACCGCCGUUGUCCGAAGUCGUCGGCAUUCCGGAGUCGUCUGCUCGCUCGUUCAGGGCGAAUGAACUGCGCACGGCGAUGAUAGUUCUCCGCAGCGCGCGGCGAUGCGCAAGUAAUGAGGGAGCUGCGUGAUCGACCGAGCACGACCAGCGGUGCGGUGAUAGAGGGAAAAAGAGAGGAGAUAGAGUGAGAGAGAAAGAAAGAGAAAUCAUAUAUAUAUAUAUCUAACCUCGACCUCCAAGUGUCGGGUUGUUGUGUAGUAGCGUGCGGCAUACAACGACGUCGUGGUCACGCCACGCCGUUAUAGACGGGGGUAUUCGACGGAGUGCGGGACGUGUGUCGCAGUAACGAGAGCCUUUGCGAUGAAGGGAGUCUAGUGUUACCGUGUAAGGCUGCAACCCCCCUGGAAACGGAGUACCUUGUAACGUACCAAAUAGCAAAACCUAUUAGCCGACAGUGCAAUAAUCCCCUCUCGAUUCGAUUCCGCUUAACGGAAUUCUGUUCUAAGGAAGCUUAACCUCGUGAUAGGAAGAUCCUGGAUUAAUUGGAGAGAACCGUCGGAGACUUCCGUGGAAGUCCAACCAAGUCGCAGGCUCAACAAGUGGACCGCCGUCUCGUAGUCGAUUCCGCUAAAACCGCUUCUGCUGGAUUAUCCCGAAAACGGAAUUUUAGAUGUCACCGCGAUCGUGAUCACGGGGGUCCGGAAACCUACCGCCGCUCUUCCGGGUUUUCGGAGUUUCUCCGGAUCGAUUUCGGAGCACUGGAGUGCGUAAAACGCGCAACAAGUUGAAGGGAGAGAGCACGUGGCGAGCGCAGCGCGCUCCGAUUCAAUUAAAGUGUCUGUCCUUACGUAAGACCCGGUGACGCACACCACGGCGAUAACAUUUGCUCGUUGCUUGAUAAGGGAUUCGAGAUUCCGCGAACGAGCAGACAAUAGGUCGCGAGAGGGCGAUCAGUCGACGGAUUGCGGUUCAACGUAACGCGACGCGAGCGUGCCUUACCGCAAGAAUUAUCGAAAAGCUCGAAUGCUUGGAACUCGGAUGUCAAUCGCGUUUUGGACGCCGAUUCUGUAAACCGCGAACUCGCAGGUCCGAGUUCCGCGGUCCGGGAGAAUUUCCGACUCAAGAUUCUCUUCGAGGUUCCAUAACAUCGUGAAUAGGCAACGUGUCAUGUAGGCAACCUUACUCAAGGUGUCGAUGCGAGAGUAUUCUUAAAGACUCCUCGUCGAAGGCAAGAGAAGCGGGGGAAUCCGGGAAUUCCCCUCCCCCUCCGGAAGAGAGGGCUUUAAUUAUUAGUGCGGCAGGGCGGCAAGCAGUUUUGAAUGACCUUCGUAUUCUGCGGCUUCGUCUUCGACUCGUCUGACGAGAAGACGAGACAAAUGCCGGUCGCUUCGGAGGACUGGGUGCCCCACCCGGGCGCCAAGAUAACCAGUUCCAUCACCACCGUCAAGGGUGCCACCAUACAGAGCACGACGACGGCCUGGAUGUCGCCCUACAGCAGGACGACGCCGCCUGAUCGCGGAGGGUCCAACAACAAUAAUAAUAAUAACAACAACGGCGUGGUUAUUUUGGAUGGCUGCAGACCACCGGCGGCCACGACGGCCAGGAGAUUCUUCAGGUGGUUCAGCAGAUUAGGACAACCACCGAUAGGCAAGACAGGGGUGUUGGAGAUGGCGGCCACCGAGAGUACGAUCCGAUUUAGCGGCCACACGUUGGACAAGGCGACCAAGGCCAAGGUAACGCUGGAGAACUAUUAUAGCAAUCUGAUAGCGCAGCACAUCGAGCGGAAGCAGAGGCUGGCGAAGCUCGAGGAGUCCCUCAAGGAUGAGGGCCUCUCGGAGCAGCAGAAGCAGGAGAAGAGGCUGCAGCAUGCCCAGAAGGAGACCGAGUUCCUCCGGCUGAAGCGAUCCAGGCUCGGCGUCGAGGACUUCGAACCUCUCAAGGUCAUCGGCAGAGGAGCGUUCGGCGAGGUGAGACUCGUGCAGAAGAAGGACACCGGACACGUGUACGCGAUGAAGAUCCUCCGGAAGGCGGACAUGCUCGAGAAGGAGCAAGUUGCGCACGUCAGAGCGGAGAGGGACGUCCUCGUGGAAGCGGACCAUCAGUGGGUCGUGAAGAUGUACUACAGUUUCCAGGAUCCUAUAAAUCUCUAUCUAAUAAUGGAAUUUCUUCCCGGCGGUGACAUGAUGACGCUGCUUAUGAAGAAGGACACGCUUUCCGAGGAGUGCACGCAAUUUUAUAUUUCCGAAACGGCGUUAGCGAUCGACUCCAUACACAAAUUAGGUUUUAUUCAUAGAGACAUCAAGCCAGACAACCUGUUGCUGGAUGCACGGGGCCACAUAAAACUUUCUGAUUUCGGGCUGUGCACGGGUUUGAAGAAAUCACAUAGGACCGAUUUCUACCGAGACCUGAGUCAAGCGAAACCUUCCGAUUUCAUGACAUCAUGCGGGAGUGGAAGCGGCGGCGCGAUGGACAGCAAAAGAAGAGCCGAGAGCUGGAAGAGGAACAGGAGAGCGCUGGCUUACAGCACGGUGGGCACUCCAGACUACAUCGCGCCGGAAGUGUUCCUGCAAACAGGUUACGGACCGGCUUGCGAUUGUUGGUCCCUGGGAGUAAUUAUGUACGAGAUGCUUAUAGGAUAUCCACCAUUCUGUAGUGAAAACCCACAGGAGACGUAUAGAAAAGUAAUGAACUGGCGAGAAACGUUGGUGUUCCCGCCGGAAGUUCCCAUUAGCGAAGAGGCUAAAGAUACCAUUAUCAGAUUUUGCUGCGAAGCCGAUAGAAGAUUAGGGGCGCAAAGAGGCAUCGAAGAGCUCAAGUUAGCACCCUUCUUCCGCGGUGUUGAUUGGGAGCACAUCAGGGAGAGACCAGCCGCUAUACCGGUCGAAGUGCGAUCCAUCGACGACACGUCGAACUUCGACGAGUUUCCCGACGUGAAAUUAGAGAUACCGUCCGCGCCGAUGCCCCAGGACGGUGAGGUAAUAUACAAGGACUGGGUAUUUAUUAAUUACACCUUCAAGCGCUUCGAGGGUCUGACACAACGGGGCACACCGACCAAGAAAUAGCAACCCGUCACUUCCUGCUCGAUCAACAGCGCCGUCGCCAAUCAGCAGCCAGCUGACGUGAUCGAAAUUCCGGCCUUGGUACAUCAUCCUCAUCCGCCGUCGUCGACGGCAAUGGUGUCGCGCACGGCGGACGGCUGACCUGUCUCGCUUUUGGGCGCGGUUCAAGUAUCGGACACGAAUCUUAUCAUUCUUAUUUGUAUAUAACGUGAUGAGCACGGAUUGUCGUGAAUACGCGCGGCGGAUCAAUCACGGAUAUCGCGACUUGUCGCGCGCGGCGACGAGCUCGGUCAGCCGGGCGGACAGGCGGACGGAUAUGGGAGAGUAUAUAUAGCGAUAAAGGUGCACAAUACACGAAUAUCGCACGCCUCGGCGCGUGCGCCGAUAUAUCGCGCGAUAAGGCGAUGCGAGCGAAGUCUUUCGUUGUGUGACUCACGGUGAUCCUCGCAAAUAUCCCCGUCGAGAAGCAUUACUCCUUUACUCUUGUCGUGCCGCGGAGGAGGCGCAUUUGUGCGAAGUGUAGCAUAAUAAGCUCUCUGUGGUAAUGGUAUUAAACGGAAACGAUCGGAGGGAGCCCCCGGUUCCCGUGUUCCUCACGUACUUUCUUUAUUUAUCUACGUCGACGCGCGCGUAUCGAUGAAAUUUUAUUGUGUGAAAUACAAUUUGUCGAGCUCGACUAAGCUCUCGAAUCGAGCUCUCUUUUUCUCUCUGUUUGAACGUUGUAUUUAUAAUUAACUCUCUGUGAUAUACGAAGUUGUUGAAAAUAUCUGCUACCUUCGGACCUUUUUGUCUGUUAGCGGAUGCUACGCUUUUAUUGAUGUUGUAUAUAUGUGAUUAAUCAUAUUUCGUCUUGAAAAUUUAAAAGUUGUUGCGAUGAAAUUUUAUAAUAUUAUGUGUUUUUGCGCUACUUUUGAGAGCUUAGAUUCGUGCACGAAAUUAGGUAAAUUAUUGACAGAAUUAACGACACGCGCGUGAGUCUUUUCACAUAAAAAGAAAUCCUGAUUAUAUUUUACAAUGUUUUAUCAUUACAUGAUCAACAUUAUGUAAUGGUACACUUUCGGUACCGGGGGGUCUCCCUCUUUCUCUAUCUCUCUUUCUCUUGUAAGGCAAUAAUAAACAUUUAGCCGUGUCUGAAUACACGAAUAAAGAAUGUGCUAGGCUUUAAAAGAUAUCGUAAAAAGACGUAAGAAGGGAGAAAGAAAGAUUACACGUGUAAGAUUCAGGGCUCCUUCGUUGCCUUAUUAAGGUUCCUAACAGACAGCCCGACAAAUCCGUACGUUUAAACGAAAGAGAUGAGCCAGACAUGCCACUUCUUCGAUGGAAAAUGGAAUAAAAAAAAAACGGCGGUGUGUCGCGACGAUGUGUAGAACAAUCGCACACACGCCCGUGUAUUUUAACACUCGAUAGAACCGGAUACCUUUUCUUUCGAUCGCACUGUGAACAAUUUUACGAUUUACAUUUCGUAGUUUUGCUGACAGCCAGGGCACCUUGGUAAUAAAAUAGCGUAAUAACGAUAAAGACUAGAUAACAUUUAAGAUAACAACAUACAUACACACAGAAGUACCUAUACGUUUAAACAAGGGAAAUGCACGCGUGCGUGUUCGAAACGUAAUUGCGUUUUGGAUAAUAUAGUACAUGUAUAAAAAAAAAAAAACAAUUUUCUCAACGCUCCUUCCACGUAACGUUCCGGCGUGUCUCCACUUAAUAAUUACGCAACCACGCUGUACUGUACAUUCGACGAAGAAAUUAGUUUCGUACGACUACUCCGCCUGCGUAUGUAUCUUAACGCCGUUUUACUGAAGUCUCCAAGGUAGUUUAAAUGAAGCAGAGAGCGCCUAGAUUACGGUGUUACUACCAGUUAAGCCAGUAAUUUAAACGAAGAGAAAAAAAAAAGAAGAAAAUCACCCGCGAAUGAAGCUAGUAGAAAAAAAAGAAGAAAGGUGAAAACUAUUUUCUGCACUAUGCUAUAGGAGUUAAAUCGACGAUAACGAGUGUAACGUAAGUGGGAAAGUUAGGGAGCUACGGAAUACUUUUAGUCUCCUCCUCUUGUCGCCAUUGAGUACAGAUGCUCUGACGUCCAUGCUAACUAAGUAAAGAAAAGAAGAAAAAAACGAAGUGAUCGCAAUUUAUUUAUUUAACGAGAAAGUCUAAAUAAAUGAUACAACAAUAGCCACGAGAUGCCUUCGACGCAACAAGUUUCGGUGCCCUGGAACAGUGCAUAUAUAUAAAUAUAAUAAGUAUAUAUGUAAAAAAAGUAUAUAUAUACAUAGAAAUACCUUUUAGCGAAGCGAGAAGGGAUGUGUAAUAUGCGCUAAAUUUAGGUGUUGAAUUAUAGGUGUGCUCUGAAUUUCUGAAGUCAGGUGGGUGUAUACAUUUUUUUUCUCUUUUUUUUCCGAAAAGCGAGAGAGAGGGAAACGAGCGUAUUAUAAUAUAGCGGGGUGGUGACGAGAUGUAUGUACGCACGUAUCGAGCUACUACACAUUUGAUGUAAAACGUAAUUUUGAGGACACGUGAGAGAGAGAGAAAUCUCUUAAGGUAGACUUAAAGAUUGAAAUUGAUUGUCGAUGUACACUGUAAAUACUGACGAGGCAACUAAAUAUUAUUAAGAGCAAGGCAGUUUGAACUCCGGUGUUUAAUUGGUUACCGCCGUACUGCCAUCCUCGACUUUUUAUUAUUGUAUAUCGCGCAUGAUGAAAAUCGCAUUACGGGUGUGUUAAACGUACGGUAUAUCAUCCAAUCUCACGUUUUUGCUCGUGUUUACGCUAGUGUUCUUAUCAUUGUACGAAUACUGAUUAGUUUGUUAAUUUUACGGUUAAUUUAAAUGAAAGAAACCGCGAUAGAUCUCUCCUAGCUAAUUCGUAACUAAUUAGGUGUUAAGUUACUUUUUUUUCCUUCGGCAAGGAGCCUCUUUUAUUUUUUUUUCUUUCUUUUUUUUCUCGUCGAAUAGGAAUCGCUUCCGAUGACGCUCUCGAUGAUUACAACGUCCGGAGGUUUCGCUUCCUACCAUUCGCGUCUUCUGUCUCUCUUGUCGUAGCUCAUCUUUUCGUGUCCGAUCAUGUGAUUCCUUUCUGUCGCGAUUCGUAGAAUUCUCGGAUUAUGUAAUAUCAUGCAUAUACGAUUAAUCACACGCACACGCAUGUAUAUCGACCGCAUACAACAAGGCGGAACAAUUAUAUGCGUUCAAAUAUCAAGACGAACCGUUUUUUCGGUUAUUUAAUCGAUAGACUUUUCAGGCCUGGAUGAGUAAUGUUUUAAAUACUAUGAUCUACAGUUGAAAACUGUGCGUAAGAUUAUUUUAGAAAGACUUUUCUAAAAGCAUAUCCGAAAAAAAAACACAAAAAUUUUUUCACAAAAAUAAAGCGUCAGCUUUUCCCACUGAAAAAUAAAUAAUUGGAUAUCAACAUAAAGUCUAUAAAAAUCAUGAAUAGAGCAAAAAUAAUACAGAGGCUCAUUCUUUUAAAGACUAAAUAGGAUUGGUUAAGACUCAAUUCUUUUAUUGUUUACUUCUGUUUUUGGAAAAUUAAAUUUUUUUUGCACAAAACGAAAUUUGAUAGACGCACUAAUCUGAAGCAGGUAAGUGUAAAUUUCGAAACAAAUCGGCGAUGUGGAAAUAUUAAUGCGUAUUUCUAAAUUGAUUAUAUAUUUCGUUUCAUAUGUGCAGUCUAAACAAACAAAUGAUAAAAAUGCAAAUGACCUAGUUUACCCCGUUUUUAUUAAAAUUAGACCGCGAGCGAUGGCUCAAUUAUUUUAAAGCGAGCGCUUAAAGAUUAAUGUUGCCGAUCGAUUGAUAUAUGGUGAUGCCACUUCUCGGAUGAGUUAUUUAUCAUGGAAUCUAUUGCAUCCUGCAUAUUACUCAUCCAGGAUUAAGGGGGAAUCGUGUCGCGCGCGAUAAUCUCUCGAUUGCCCCGUGAGCGAAAUAACGAUUUGCGCAAAGUGCUCUUGAAUGAAUAUUUCGUUGCACUUAUCAUUUUACAACGCGCACGGUCUAGAACUGCGGACGGAGGCGUAACGAAGCUUAAGAAGAAAGUGUUCUCACACUUGAAGUAUUGUGAAUGAAUAAUACAAUUAUAAUAGAGAACGUUUAAAAGAGAAGAAAAUUCGAAAAGUUUUACAACUUGAAUAUAUAUAAUUCGCACGAAAUUAUUUAUUAUAAAUAUCAAGUAUUAAAUAGCUGCUGCAUUUAUUUGGAUUACAAUGACUAUAGAUAAAAUUAGAGGAAGCAUUAGAACUAUAUUAGAUAUAGGUUGUGUCUAAUAUAAAAGUUUGACGAUUAAAAAACAUUGUAGUA